CUUCAUAGCUCUCCACUUAUUAAAUUAGUGUACACAAAGGCAGGGUUUGGAUAUAAGAAGCUCCAGAACUCAAUUCGUAGUCAUGGUUAAAAAAAGAUCAAACAAACAAAUAGUUAUCCGAUCAAUGCCCUAGUUUUUUUUUCUUGGCGUUCGCUUUACCUCCGGAAGAUUCUCCCCCGGCGGCCUGUGCCGCUUUCUUGGCCGUCUUCUCCUGCAGAGCCUUGGCGUCCCUGCGCGCAGAAAGCAGAAGAACCCAAAAUUCAGAAUAACGAACUAGCUCAAAAAGGAAAUUGGAAGCAGAAGGAAAAGAAGGAGUAAUGACCUCUCGCGGCGCUGUUCAGGGGUCAAGCCAUCGUCUUUGCCCUUGCCGCCCUUAGGGUUGCGAGACUGAGCUCUUUCGCGAUCCUUUUCCCGCUGAUUUCCGCGUGGAGGACCGAACCAAACAGAGUCGAGGAAACAGAAAAGCAGAAUCAAUAGGGAGAAUGAGCGAAUGAACCAAUUUGAAACUCGUUAGAUCCGAACAGGUAAAACUGAAGCUAAGUGAUAUCGAAGGAGCACGAUAUAGAAGAAAAAAGGAUAUGAGUCAUGGUAGGGAUGCUGCGAUUCAAGCGCAGAGAAAGUAUGAGAGAGAGAAUGGAGCGGGAAGGGUUUAGAUUCGAGCGAUUGGUUUGGCGGUGGUGCUCUCUUUCUCAACUGCUACGUCGCCUCUCCUACAAAAAGUUUCCAUCUGUUAUGUCUCUCUCAUCUCUCUCUAACGAUCGUCUUCUCUGAACCUUCUAACGGUUCUCUUUCCGUCCCCUUAGGUGGGACUCUUCCAGCUCUAACAGAGAGGCUACAAGAGAUCCGCUCAGAUGUUUGCAAAGAUUUUUCUCGGUAUAGUGUCAGUCUAGAGGGGGAAGGAGACUGUUAUGCUCCAGUAGCAAAAAUUCGGGAUGAGACUAGACAACACAGGGGAUACUCUGCUACUGAUACAAAGAAAGGGGCCGUUUGGAAACCACCGGACUGGUGGUGGCUUUGGUUUUCGUGUCAGACUAAGAAGAAGAACAGAAGGGAAGAAGAAGAAAGAGGGUCCAAAAAGCUGUUCUACAAGCAAUGUUACACUAUUCGAGUACAGAGAAGGGAAUCCAUUGAGCCAAGAGCCCCUGUCAAGAAAAGGAGAAAACAUGGCAGAUUUAAACUCAGUCAACAGAGCAAUCCAGCGUCUCCUAUCUCUGUACUUUGGGGAGAUUAUGUUGAGCCAAGAGCCAGAGUUAAUGGUGAGGCAGAGCUCGUCCUUGUGACCAGGAGCUUCAAUAAAGAUGAUGGAACAAGUGAAAAGAAGGAUAGCUACCACGAAGAGUGGGUUUUUAAUGCCUCCCUGCCAAGAAGGAGAGCUAUUAAGAGGGAAGGAAGAAGCAGUUGUAAGCUCACAUUUGAUAGAUCGAUUGGAGAAUACUUCUCAAGCCCCUCGCAAGCUCUGCCUUCUCCCAAUAGAUCCCCAGAACAAAGAACCUCCCCUAACUCCUCAUUCUCUAUACCCAGCCCCAAAAGACACCCUAACCUUAACAUCUUCUUUCACCUUUCGCUUCCCCUGCAGUUUACCAAAAUUAGCCAAAAACUGAACCUAAACUCUCAUAUCCCGUGUACUCUGUUUCUCCCCAUAGUCCUCCCAAAACAGAGUCACCUCAAAUCCAAAAGAGAAUCUGUCGAAAUGUAUAUCAACGAUUUAGCUGAAAGAGCAGGGCGCCUAAGCACAGAAAGAAGCAUCCCGUCUUCAUCUGGUGGCAGAGGUAACCGGCCCCAACUCAUUUCCAACGCUGGACGAGGCAUAUCAAUGUUGUUAGGGAAGAUGUUGAGCGAGAACAAGAUUGCCUUGGCGAAGGCUGCAGGAGCUGCACGAUACGCCUGGGGGAGAUAUGGAGAAGUUGGAGUCCAACCAACCCAAGCUCAGAACCUAUUCAUCUUCACCUUCAAGGAUGCCCAAACACGAGAGAGGAUCUGGCUUGAAAGGCCUUGGAGUCUCUCAAACACAAUGACAGUUUUGGAGAAGUACGACGGAAGAGGAGAACCAGAAGCAGCCCCGAUGAACAACCUGGCGGUUUGGGUGCAGAUCCAUGGUCUACACCAAAGCCAUAGAUGCGGACAAAACGUAGUCUCCAUCGGUACCUUCUAUUUCAAUAAGUUCAUUGAUUUGGACAGAGCUAGCCUCCAUUUCAACCUGUAUAGAAGGUUUAUCCGGAUGUUGGCUGAGGUCGAUAUCCGCGAGCCAGUCCCGACAGGAUUUGAUUUUCCAUCCACUGUUGAAGUCACGGGCCAAGAAAUCUGCGAAGUGAUUUCUUUCAAGUAUGAAAGGUUGGUUGAGCUCUGUUAUUUCCGUGGCAGAAUUGGCCACAACUGGCCGACCUGUGCUAGGAUGAAGGAAGAAAGGAAGAAAGGAGGACAUGUGCAGCUCUCGGAGAUUUACACGGCGGAGCUCAAAGCAGGGAUAGAUUCGCCUUACAGGUCGAGCGGAAGCAGGGGCUGGAUUGAAGAAGAAGAACCAAGAUUCCCUAGCACCGACCCAGAAUCUUGGAGGAAACACUAUAACUCUGGUGAUUCCUAUUUGUGCAGGGAGGAGGCAGAGGAAGCAGAGCGCAUCUCGACAGGAGGUGUAGAGGGAAGUCAUCCCCGAAUCCCACCUGGUUUCACUGUUCGGCGUUUGGAGGAGGAAGCUAGGGCGGAUGAAAGAAACAGUAUGGAGAGGAUGAAUGGAAGGUUUAGAGAAAGGAUGGGGGCAAGGGAUUUAUCGGCGGACAUGGAGUCGUCGACGGCGGCUUUCCAGGGGAGUCUGCGAAUUGAAGGAGAAGAGGAGCGCAGGAGGCAGUCAGAGAUGACAGCUCAUUUGGGCUCUCAAUUAUCUCUCGGGCCUCACCCCUCCAUCUCCCAAGCCCAAGUGAUUGUCAAUUUUGAGCCCACUCUUUAUAACUUGCAGGUCUAAGGCCCUUAUCAACAUGACCAGGAGGAAUUGGAAGGGGAAGUGGGCCGAUUUUUAAAGAAAAGAAAAGGGCUCUCCUUCAUAAGCCUAGGAGCUUCUGAUUUUGGGCUUCAUGAUGGUGCAAGCCUUAAUUUGAGCCCAUCCAACUCUGGUUUUGUUGAAGGGGUGAGUGGUAAAGAAAGGAAUAAGAAACACCACAAAAAGAAAGCCCACAUGAUCAAUGAAGAAAUUCAGGAGGAAGAAGUUAGUGACUCAACGGCAGCAGUGGUUCGCCAAAAGCCACCUCACAUCACAUGAGUAUGAUUAGUUGGAAUUGUAGGAUAUUUGGCCAAUCCCUUACAAGAUGUUAUGCUAAACGUCUAAUAAGACGUCAUGGCCCUU